AUGUCCACAAACUCUAACCAAGAAAUGCCAGCCCUCGCAGGAAACAAGCGCCGCAGCCCAACUGACGAGCUCAGUGAUGAUCUCCAUUACUCCGGCGAUGAGAAGGUUGUGCAGACCACCAAGAGCAAGGGGAUCGUCAAUGUUCAGCUUUUCAUUCGAAAGGCCUUUGCGAUGAUCAACGAAUGCGACCCCAACAUCGCUUCUUGGACCGACGAGGGCGACAAGUUUGUCGUCAAGAACAAGGACGUCUUUGCUGCUAGCGUGAUUCCUCAGUACUACGACCACAGCAACUACUCCAGCUUUACUCGUCAGUUGAACUUUUAUGGGUUCACCCGAGAACAAUCCAUGACCAUCAAGGUCAGCGACCUCAACUCUCUCGCUGUGGGACAGGAGACCUUCUACCACCAGAACUUUCAGCGCAACCGCCCUGAUCUUCUCAAGAACCUGCAGCGCAAGUCCAGUGACAACAAAAACGCCAAGAAGCGCAAGAAGCCCCGCACCGACGCGGAUGUUGGAUACCUUCAAGGAAGGAUGGAAUCCAUGGAAGAGACAACCAAGGAAAUGCUAAGCACCAUCAAGCUCAUGCGCGAAGAAAACUUUGCUUCCGUGGCAGCCAUUCGCGACCUUCAGAACGUCAACGCGGCCAAGGACGAAAAGAUUGGUGCUUUGGAAAAGCGCAUCGAGUGGUUGGAGCGUCGUUUGACAUCGUCCGCAGUUCAGCGCGAAGAGUCUUUCUUAAGUGCUGGUCAACGCUUGUUCGGAGGCGCCGCCAGCCAGACCAAGAAUGCUUGGGCCACCGCAGCAGAGAAUGUUGCUCAUACCUUUGCUCAAGCCCAACAGCAGCAACAGCACACCGAUAACUCCUACUUGACAUCCGCAGCCAACGGUGAAGUUGCUGAUGCUACCUACAGCCACUCGGAAGCAGGGGCGACAUUGGCUCGCCAUCCCAAGAUGAAGCGAGCAACCGCUGCCCCUACCAAGGAUAUCUAUGCCUACGAUGCGGCAGCAACCAUGGCCAGCAUUGGCAACUUGAACGCCAGCACAAACACUGCUCCCAUGCGGGAGACCUCUCUGGACUUUGGAUUGUUCACAGGCCUGGCCCGUGAGAGCUCCUUGCUCUCCUGGUUGCCACAGGCUCGCCAGGGAAACAACGACAAGACUCUCUGA